ACCUGCUCGGAACACUGAAUGCAUGGAACUGCCACAGAACGCUGUAUUCCUAUUUGAUUUUUAAAACUUGGCCUAAACUAAAGCUUAGACCAGCAAGAAUAUUAGGUUAUUGGGAGAAUGUGUCAUCAGUUUGUGCCAAUAUUCUGAUCGCGGUUGCCUAUAAAAAACUUUUAUUUUGACUGCUCGCAUACUAGAUGCAAGAGAUUGGUACUAAUGGAUGUACAAUUUGAAGAAGAUCUUUUCGAACAAACAGGGCAGUAUGAACCAAUCACAACUCGAAUUCGAACUAUACUCCGUGAAUACAAAGACGGCGUCGGUAUUUUCAAAGAAUUGAUUCAAAAUGCAGAUGAUGCUGGAGCUACUAAAGUCAAGUUUUUGGUGGACUGGAGACAAGGAGGAACGAGAAGUCUUUUCUCCCCUGGCAUGGCUGAAUGUCAAGGACCAGCAUUGUGGGCCUACAACGAUGCUUUGUUCACUGACGAUGAUUUUGAAAAUAUCAACAAGCUUGCAGGAGAAACGAAAGUCGAGGAUAUUUCAAAGAUUGGUAGGUUUGGUCUUGGUUUCAACGCCGUCUACCACCUCACAGACGUUCCUAGUUUCAUCAGCCGAGAACAUUUGAUCGUCUUUGAUCCAAAUACUCACCAUUUACAACGACACAUUCAGAACAGAUCUCGUCCAGGAAUUCGUAUCAACCUUGUUGAGAAAUCAGACUCCUUAACACGUUACCACGAUCAGUUUCAGCUGUAUAAUGGUGUCUUUGGUUGCAACACAACGCAAACAGAAGACUUUUACUAUAACGGAACAUUAUUCCGUUUCCCUUUCCGCACGGCCGCCCAAGCAAGAACCAGUGAAAUCAUCAAAACCCCAUAUGAUCGAGACAAGAUUCAAGCUAUUGUUCGUAACCUCUGUGAAUGCGCCUCAAAUCUCUUGAUCUUUUGCCAACAUAUAAAGGAGGUACAAAUCUACGAACUAGAUGAAUCGAGUCAACCUGGCAAAAUACAGUUGGUGCUAUCCAUAAACAAAGAUAACAAACAAUCUGCUUGGGAGAUGGGGCAACUAGCAGUAAACAAAGUGCCGUUCAUUGUGGAGUGUUCAAAGUGGUGGGAACAACGCCGUGAGUCUCCAAGUCCCCCCGUUGAAUUUCCAUCUGAUUGCGAGCUUGUGAACAUUGAGAUUACACAGGAGCAAUCAGAAUUGAGUGGUUGUGGUCGUCGACACAGCAGUGAUCAUACGUGGCUUGUAGUGUCAGCCAGUGGGAAAAACGCUUCUCUUAAAAUCGCAAGUUCACCAGAAGGUCGGGCACGUGGUUUCUUGCCCUGUGGUGGAGCAGCAUUUGUUGUUCAGAGAUCUUGCGAGCAUGACUCCAACUCCGAUCUUUCUGGGGAACUGUUCUGUUUUCUUCCAUUGUCUAUUCCUACUGGGCUUCCUGUGCAUAUCAACGGCUAUUUUGCCAUCAUGUCUAAUCGCGUUGAAAUUUGGAAACGGUCGAUUUUGCCAACCCAACCAAUCGAGGUGGAAUGGAAUGAAGCACUUAUGAGAGAUGCGUUAGCCAGAGCUUACAUCAUGCUUCUUGAAAACAUGAAAGAUUGGAUCGGUAAGAUUAAGGAUUACAAAUUUCACAGUCUGUGGCCAAGCAGUGAGACCGUUGAUAUGAAAUCUUGGGAGAAGUUGGUUCAGAAAAUUUACCAUAUAUUGUUGGACGCGCAAUCCAAGCUUUUUUUCUGCGACGGAAUGUGGAUGAGUAUCAACGAUGGCCUAAUAUUGAGCGAUGAUUUUACUGGAAUCAACGAUGAAGCAUUGGAGGUAUUACGAUUAAUGAGGAAAUCUGUUUUUAAUGUUCCCCCUCGUGUUUUACAGACCUUAAAAAAGUUUGAUCGAUGGCGUAUCCUGGAACGACACACUUUGACAUUCACCAUGUUCAUGGAAGCCUUUAUCCCCAAAAUUAAGACCUUCUCUGCCACCCUACGAGAUACCAUCGUUUGCUUUGGUUUGGAUCGAAUCAUGAACGAUAAAAAAUCCUUUCUUUCUUCAGGCACAAAGGAAAUUACUCUCUUUAAACAGAAUGCCUGUAUUUCAGUUUCACAAGAAGGAAAGAUCCUCUCGAAACCUUCGGAACUUAUCCAUCCGUUUGGUCCUGCAGCUGACUUGUUUUCCGUAGAGGAUCACCGUUUUCCUGUAGGAGAUGAACUUCGUGAAGGUACCAGAUUGCAUGUUUUGGAAAAACUUGGUAUGGUGAAAGACCUGGAUUGGGCCAGAAUCUACGAAAGAGCUCAAUCCGUCGCUAAAACUAGGGAUCCCAGACGAUGCCGAGAACUAAUCGCAUACAUUAACAAGCGAAUAGAACAACUGCCGAAACCAGUUAAAUAUCGCAGUGUGUUUCAUCAGGUUGAGUUUUUGCCAGUGUUGAAAAAACCCGCCGGUCAGUACCUUUUACCUUGGAAAGGAUCGUCAGUUUCGGCAUUUUCUUCCUCAAGCGAUGCUUUCUUACCAAAAGAUGCAAAGCUUGUCGGAUCUUCCUGUUUAAUCAUUGAUACAACAGACGAAAGUGGUUGUGGAAAGAUGAAUGCAAAAGUGAAACAUUUUUUUGGAUUUUCGAGCCGUCUGCCUGAAGACAAGUUUGUAAUUCAACAGUUGGACGAAGCGAAUAAAUUCUGGAGUCAGUUAAAUGAAGAGGAAAGACAAAAAGUGGGAAAGAGAUCUGCAAUUGAAUCCAUCUGCCUGAGCAUUUAUAAGUUUUUUAACACCAGAACUCUUAAGGGUGCUGCAAAUCUAAGUUUCUUGAGCGAACUACGUAAUCGAAAAUGGUUGUUUCUCCAGGGCAAGUUUGUAGAAAGCAAGAAAGUGGCUUACGCGUCUGGCGGAAACGGUGCUCCAUUUCUAUUCACCCUUCCAUCCAACUACUCAAAGGAAUGUCCAAAUCUUUUUGACGCGAUGAAAAUCAAACGCGCAUUUGAUGAUGGAGAUUACAUUUUUGCUCUUUCUGAAAUGGAAAGCAUGAAGCAUGGCGGUGCAUUGACUAUCGAUGAGUUACAAACUGCGAUUUUUUUUAUCACUGAAAUAAACGUCAAAAAUCCUGCCGUGAAAGAUUACAUAGGUAAGAUUCCACUCCCAGACACUGACAGCAUUUUGCGCCCGAGUAAAGAUGUUGUAGUAAACCUUAGCUUGUUGCUCGAGGAUUCUGGAAAUACCCUUAAAGUACACGAAAGGAUUCCACCACAAAGAGCACUUGCUCUUGGCGCAAAAUCUCUGAAAAAUGUUAUGUUGAAGAAGUAUUCACGUCCUAUUGGCUACGGAGAGUCAUUCGGGCAACACGAAGAGUUAACUGACCGACUAAAAGGAAUUCUGGAUGGUUAUCCUGCAGAUGGAAUACUGAAGGAGCUUGUGCAAAACGCCGACGAUGCUCAAGCCUCGGAGAUACACUUCAUACACGAUACUCGACUUCUGAAAUGUCAAAAGGUCGUGGUUGAAGGAGAAAUGUCUGCGGAAGUGCAAGGACCAGCACUUUGUGUCUACAAUGACAGACCAUUUACAGACAAAGACCUGGAGGGAAUUAAGAAUCUUGGUAUUGGAAGCAAGCGAGAUACUCCAGGAAUGACAGGAAAAUAUGGAAUUGGUUUCAAUUCGGUUUACCAUCUUACCGACUGUCCCAGCUUUUUAUCCAACGACGACACUCUUGUGUUUCUCGAUCCUCAUUCCCGAUAUUUUGAUGAUGAUGAUCGUGGCCAAAUAUUCAAAUCCAUGGAUGCUGAGUUUCGAGAUCUCAACUCCGAUACACUCAACGGAUAUCUUCCUGGUAAAUUUAAUUUAAAAGGCUCUACUAUGUUCCGUUUUCCAUUAAGAAGAAAAAUAAUGAAUCUAAGAUAUCCAACGUGGCCCCUGACAUGA